GCCUUCUCAGCAUGAGCCGCCAAUUCACCUACAAGUCAGGAGCUCCCAAAGGGGGCUUCAGCGGCUGCUCCGCCGUGCUCUCCGGGGGCAGCUCGUCCUCCUACCGGGCGGGAGGCAAAGGGCUCAGCGGGGGCUUCGGCAGUCGGAGCCUCUACAGCCUGGGGGGUGCCCGGACCAUCUCCUUCAACGUGGCCAGUGGCAGUGGGCGGGCAGGGGGCUAUGGGUUUGGCCGGGGCCGGGCCAGCGGUUUUGCUGGCAGCAUGUUUGGCAGUGUGGCUCUGGGGCCCGUGUGUCCGUCUGUGUGUCCUCCAGGGGGUAUCCACGAGGUCACCAUCAACAAGAGCCUCCUGGCCCCCCUCAAUGUGGAGCUGGAUCCUGAGAUCCAGAAAGUGCGCACCCAGGAGCGGGAGCAGAUCAAGACCCUCAACAACAAGUUCGCCUCCUUCAUCGACAAGGUGCGGUUCCUGGAGCAGCAGAACCAGGUGCUGGAGACCAAGUGGGAGCUGCUGCAGCAGCUGGACCUGAACAACUGCAAGAACAACCUGGAGCCCGUGUACGAGGGCUACAUUAGCACCCUGCGGAAGCAGCUGGAGACGCUGUCUGGGGACAGGGUGAGGCUGGACUCGGAGCUGAGGAACAUGCGGGACGUAGUGGAAGAUUACAAGAAGAGGUAUGAGGAGGAAAUAAAUAAGCGAACAACUGCUGAGAAUGAAUUUGUGGUGCUUAAGAAGGAUGUGGAUGCGGCUUACAUGAGCAAGGUGGAGCUGCAGGCCAAGGUGGACGCCAUGGACAGAGAAAUCAAGUUCUUCAAGUGUCUGUACGAGGGGGAGAUCGCUCAGAUCCAGUCCCACAUCAGUGACACGUCCGUGGUCCUGUCCAUGGACAACAACCGGGACCUGGACCUGGACAGCAUCAUCGCCGAGGUCCGGGCCCAGUACGAGGACAUUGCCCUGAAGAGCAAGGCCGAGGCCGAGGCCCUGUACCAGACCAAGUUCCAGGAGCUCCAGCUGGCUGCCGGUCGGCAUGGGGAUGACCUCAAACACACCAAGAACGAGAUCUCAGAGCUGACUCGGCUCAUCCAAAGGCUGCGCUCAGAGAUUGAGAGUGUGAAGAAGCAGUGCACCAACCUGGAGACGGCCAUUGCCGAUGCCGAGCAGCGGGGCGACUGUGCCCUGAAGGACGCCCGGGCCAAGCUGGACGAGCUGGAGGCCGCCCUGCACCAGGCCAAGGAAGAGCUGGCCCGGAUGCUGCGUGAGUACCAGGAGCUCAUGAGCACGAAGCUGGCCCUGGACGUGGAGAUCGCCACCUACCGCAAGCUGCUGGAGGGCGAGGAGUGCAGGAUGUCUGGAGAAUACACCAACUCGGUCAGCAUUUCUGUCAUCAGCAGCUCCACGGCUGGGACUGCGGGCACAGGGGCCGGCUUUGGGUUCAGUGGUGCUGGCACCUAUGGCUACCGGCCCAGCUCUGUUGGCUAUGGCAUGCUGUCUGGGGGCUGUGUCACUGGCAGUGGGAACUGCAGCCCUCGCGGGGAGACCAAAACCAAGCUGGGGAGCGGAAGUGAAUUUAAGGACGCUCCAGGGAAGACCUCAGCUCUGAGCUCCCCCACCAAGAAAACCAUAAGAUAAAGUGAAAGACAGCUGUCUGCCUUGCCCUGGUUUCCUUUGGACUCCCUUCUCCAGGAAAUUCCUCUUGUCACAUUUGUCACUGUCUCCUUCUCGGUUUUCUUUGCCACUGCCAUCCCCUCUCUUCCACCUCUCUGACUUACUCUGUCUUAAUGUAGAAUCAGGAUUCUAGUCCGUCCUUCUGCCU